AUGGCGAGGCUUGUAACCUGCCAGGUGGGCGAUGCCAACCCCGGACCUCCCUCAUUUUCAAAUUUGCCCACUCCCCCUUUUUGGGGGCUUGGCGCCAUUGCUGUUUCGAACCUCGAGCUGGUAGGAUCAUCACGACCCUUUCCAAUGGCGGGAUCGCAAGCACAUGGCGUUUCGGAGAUGGCUGCCAGGAAAUCAUCUGGUAGGGGGAUAGCAUGGAAACAUGCAGAAACUGUGGACCUAAUAGCGCUGUGGGGGGAGGAAAAGGUGCAGCAGCAACUAAGGGAGAAUCACAGAAACAUAGAUGUGUUUGAAAACAUCGCCGCAGAAAUGCGGAGGAGGGGCCAUGACAGAAAUGCGGAAGAAUGUUGCACGAAAUCUAAGGCAUUGAAAAGAAAAUUCAAGGAGGAAUAUCAAAAAUCGAGGUUGAGCGGAAGCGGAGCGGUAGAAAUGCCAUUCUUCCACGAGCUUCGCAGAAUAUUGGCGGGGGAUGCCAGCGUGGAGGCAAAGCGGGUCUCGGACGAGACCGAAGUUACGUACCACGACAGCGAGAACCUCGAGCUGGUGGAGGAAGGGCCCUCUAGACCCAUCACGGAGCAGGACCCCUUGGCGGAUUCGCAGGCUCCCUUGGCGGACUCGCAGGAUCUGUUUUCCCAAGAGACCGUUGUUACUCAGGAUCCAGAUCAGGAGAUAAAUCUGGUGCUGCAGGAGAUUGAUCCGCAGACCCUGGUGCGAGAACUGCAGCAGCAGGAACCAGCGGCCAGCAGCUCGGGGUCUAACGGAACCCAAACCCAAACCCAAACCCGGGCUGGAAGCAAUGCCGCUAGAAGGUCAGGAAAAGGGACACCCUUUGAGAGUGGGACCUGUGGAUCUGGUUUCUUAAUUGUUUUCCGCUUGUAG